UCCACUAAGUGAGCGAUGGCGGCCGUCGUGUCUGUGAGCGCAAACGCCAAAGAAGAAAGCACAGACACAGCGCUCGGCUUCGUCUCCCGUCCGCUCCACGAAAACUACGACCUCGCUGCACCCGCCGACCGCGAAAAUUGGAGGCCGGGGGAGCGCCGUUGGCAUCCGGAGCUCGAAGCCGGCGAGGAGGUCCCGACCUCGGGACGCGAGGGUCAGCAGCGGAGGGCCGACGGAGACUUGACACCUCUGAGCCCCCAAGAGAUUCAGAGCCGCUUGGAGAGAACUCGACGGGAGUUUUACAACCGCAGGAAGAUUAUCAUAAAAAAUCUGCCGUCUGACGUCAGCAAUCAGGAGGUCCAUGAGUUGCUGGGCAACUAUGACUUGAAAUACUGCUUUGUAGACAAAUACAAGGGCACAGCCUUUGUGACACUGCUCAAUGGUGAGCAGGCGCAGAGUGCCAUCAAGGAGUUCCACCAGCACGCGCUUCGCGAUCGGGACAUCUCCGUGCAGCUGCAGCCCACCGACGCCCUGCUGUGCAUCGCCAAUCUGCCGCGCUCCUUCACCCAGCAGCAGUUCGAAGAGCUGGUGCGUCCUUUCGGCAACCUGGAGCGCUGCUUCCUGGUGUACCGGGCGUCCAGCGGCCAUUCCAAAGGCUACGGCUUCGUGGAGUACAUGAAGAAGGACUCGGCGGCCCGGGCCAAGUCUGAGCUGCUCGGGAAGCAGCUGGGCUCGCGCAUGCUCUAUGUGCACUGGACCGAGGUGGGCUCGCUCACAUACCUGCUGCUGCACUCAAAGUGUCUCUGUGUGGACCGUCUGCCUCAGAGUGUUCUGACCGCCCAAGACCUCUGCAACGCGCUGGCCGAUGCCCACCCUCCAGUCUUCUGUCAGUUGGCUCAGGGUCAAGAUGGAAGUUUCCGUCGCUUUGCGGUGCUGGAGUUCGCCACAGCUGAGAUGGCCGAGGAGGCUCAGCAGCUGUCAGACGGCAGGUUGGUGGGCGGCACGCACAUCAGGACAGCCUUCUGCGCCCCUGGUCCGCCCGGCCGCAGCAUGCUUGCUGCUCUGAUUGCUGCCCAGACCAUGGCUGUGAACAGGGGCAAGGGUCUCCUCCCGGACCCCACCGCCAUGCAGAUCCUCUCGGGCCUCAACAACCCGGCCGCCCUCCAGAUGCUGCUCAACCCGCUGUCGCAGGGCCACAAACAAGGUCUCCUCGGGGCGGCCCCCGCCAUGCCGCUGCUCGCCAACCCGGCUCUCCCUGCCGUGCUGCUCCAGUUGCUGCUUCAGAAUCAGGCGAAAGCCCAGCAGCAAGCCUUUCUGGGAAGUCCUCUUCUUUGGGCUCAGGUGCUGCACAGUCACGAAGGCCCUCUAGUGCCCUGUGCAGGACUCGUGGCAGAGAAUCCUCUGGCCCCUCUGCCAGUCCAGCAGGGAAUCCAUCUGCUCGGCGAGCUCCCCCAAGGUGGCGUAGUCUCAGGUCUCGACCCGCUGGCCCCAUUAAAGCCGGCGUCUCUGAGCAGAGCGAUGGCAAGGGAUCAGGAAUCUCCCAGCUUCCCGCAGACUCCCUCUCCCGCUCUGCAGGGUCUGUCUGUGCCGCUGCUGGGCGGACUGAUGGGGCCAGACGGCCUCGCGGCGCAGACGGUCUCCAUCCUCGGAGACCCAAACAAAGAUGUGACACCUCCACAGAGUUCCUUUCUCUCUGUCAACAAUGCAUUUCCUUCAGGAGCCAACUGCAGACCUCAUCCCUACAGGAAGAGACCCACUCUAAGUAAUGUGUCCAACCAGCACCCUAGCAUGCACCCCAGCUACAACCUGCGCUACCAGGACUCUUACAAUGCUGAGUAUCCUCCUCUCCACCAGGAUCAGCUGCAGCACUUGUACGAGGAGCAGGAGAAUCUCCACAUGGGGGACUUGACAAGCUUCGGACAGCAGCCCUCUCCGUCAGACUUGAGCCAGCGCCACUUCACUUACCCGCUCAGCACGCCCCCGUCCUCGUAUUUCAGCUCGGACGCCUCCGCUAAUGGCUGCCUGCCUUCCAGUCAGCUCAACAGGGCUGUGGGGAUGCCUCCUGUGAGCCACACCUCUGGCUACCCUCCAGGACUUGUCAACAUGAUGAAGACUCCCAUCGGGAGCCACAAGCGCGUCUUCUCCCGCCUCAUCCCACCUCCGGAGCCGAGCCCCGAGGGCGGCUACGUGGGCCAGCAUUCUCAGGGCCUGGGCGGCCAUUACGCAGACUCCUACCUGAAGCGCAAGCGCAUCUUCUAGAAGAGAAAAAGAAAACAACACAAAUUGGCGCCGCGGGAAGCCAGGAUGUGAUGGAAUCUCCUCCUACAGGGACCGGCAGUCCUUCCAAUUGUCUCCUAUCGGAAUUCUUGGUUGUUUUUUUUUUUUUCUUUCUCGCCUCCUUUUGUUUGUGUAUAUAAUUUUAGUGUGUUUAAAAAAUAUAUAUUUUAUUUUUAAAAAAUAGCUCUUUUUAAAAUUCUUGUUGGUGGUAGUUUAUCAUGUUUACCAGCAGGGACUUUACAAAGUUAAGCUAAUCAAGUCACUUUUUUUUUUUUUGUGUGGCGUGUAAGUAGAUAGUUUGGCCAGUAUUUUGAUUGUCACAGAAGUGAUGUUUUCCACACAUUUCAGACAAAGGGGGAUGCCUUCAUUGUAAGUGUAGACCACCAGACUCGUGUCGUGUUGUUUCAUCACCCCCCCCCCCCCCCCCCCCCACACACCCGUUUCAUGGUGUCCCCUUUUCUUGCCAUCCACCUUUUUCACACCUGCCUUUUCAGAACUGGUUAAAAAAAAUCCCAGACUUUUUCCACGUCAUUUUCUUGUCCUUUGAUCGGCACCCUUGGAGUUGUCUUUUGGUUUCCCCCUCCCUUCCACUAGUUAAGUGCAUUUGAAGCGCACUGGUCACAAUGCGUGUCUUGUUUGUUGGCAUGUUUUUACGUGUUUAAGUCCAGAUAUAGUUAAAUGGUUCCUCUGGCAGUCCAAACAAUGCACCAUGUUUUGCAAUCCUUUUGUGCAUAUAAAUAUUUUUUAAACUUAUUUUACUUCAAGUGGAAAGUUUGAUUGUGAAGAACCCAUUACCUCCUUGCAAGAAGAUGACUAUCCUGAACCUCGACGCCGUUCCUGCCCAGUGUUGGCCGUUACCACUUCUGUCUUUUAUUUGCUGUGUAAAUAGUUUGAUCGCUUUCUCUCUCGCUUCCUGGAAUGUUUGUGCUCCGCAACCAUAAAUUUCCUCAGUUCCGAUGCGUAUGACCGGAUUUGCAGCUUGUUGUUGUUUUAUAGACUGAGAGACGUGGGCCAAAACUCUUGAUGGUCAAUAAUCUCCAUUGGCUUGAUUGUAACUGCUCUCUCUUCC